AUGCAAAAUCAACAUAUGUCAAUGCAACAGAUGAGGUAUAAUAUUCCUCAUCAUAAUAUUAAUGAUCAGGGAAUCCAUGGAAAUUAUGGACAUCAAAUGCAACAAUGUAUACCUGGUCAAGAAAGUUUUUUAAGUGGUUUUAAUAGAGCAGAAAAUCGAACAUUAUGGAUGGGAGAUAUUUCUCCUUAUUGGACAGAAGAUAUUGUGAAAGAAAUUUUUGUUAAAAUUGGAAUUAAAGUUGAAAAUAUUAAAAUGAUGAAUGAUAUAAGUAAUGGAAAGAGAAAUGGAUAUGCCUUUGUAAAGUUUUUCACACCUGAAACUGCAAGAAAUAUUAUGCUUGAAUUAAAUGGUACACCAAUGCCAGAUAUAAAACCUCCAGUUAAUUUUAAUUUUUCUUUUGCUAAUUCAAAUUCAAGUAAUGGAUAUGAAUAUAAUAUUCUUGUUAGUGAUUUACCACCAGAUUUUACAGAUGCAGAAUUAUUUAAAUUAUUUGGUUCUAGAUACAUGGGAUGCAGGGGAGCUAAAAUAUUAAGAAAUGAUGAUGGUACUUCUAAAUGUAUGGGUUUUAUUAGGUUUUCUACUGAAGAAGAACAAACAAGAGCUUUUAUAGAAUUUAAUCAAACAAAAAUUGGUUCGUAUACAAUGAAUUUACGAUUACCACAUGCUGGUAGAGGAACCAAUAAACAUAAACCAAUGGAAUCAUUUCAAAUGCCGUCAUUUCAUCGUGAAUCUAAUUCAAAAACAAAUGAUUUUGAUAGGAAACGGCCGUUUAGGUAUGAUAAAAGCUAUGGAUUAGAGGAUAAAAGAUAUCACGUUGCCUUUAAGCAUACUAAAGGUGACGUCAUUCGACCAUUAGAAGAGCAUGAUCCAAAAGUUAUGAAUGCUAAAAUGAAUUCAUUAGAUAGUUUCUUCGUUGAAAAGCGACUUAGAUUAAGAUUUACUCAAGAUUAUUUUGAGAUGAUCGAUGAUGGUAUUAGUGAAACUGAUAAUGGUGAACAAAAUGGAUCUGAUUCACAUACUGAGAUAGAAGAUGACGAUAAGAUUGAAAACACUGAAAAUAAUGUUGAAGAGAUAAAGAAGGAAAGUAUCAAAGAAGAAGUUCCAGAUAAAGAAUAA